CUCCUUUUCCCAAUCUCAAUUUUGAAUCUAAUACUUAGAAUCCUCAUUUCAUGAGUAGUUUACAAAGAAUUCAUGCUCUCAAUGCACGAAGGCUGUCUUUGCGGAAUUUGACGCGUCCCUUGGCCGGCAAUUUCGCGUCGAACAGCCUUUUUAAAAACCAGCGAUCGUUUGUUUCACUUCCCAAGCUAAGUCUACAGCCAAAGACGAUUCAAUGGAGCACAAAAUUUCGUUCGUUGCAGACAGAAAUGCGCCAAUUGCGUUUUUACUCGUCUGCGAAACCCAACGGGGGUAACUUUCGAAUGGAUUUAGGCGGUGGACCUAAACCGGGCGAUGCUCUGAAGCAGUAUGGUACUGAUUUGACAGAAUUGGCUCGUCAAGGAAAGCUUGAUCCGGUUAUUGGGCGUGAGGAAGAAAUUCAACGCACAAUUCAAAUUUUGUCGCGUCGUACCAAAAACAAUCCGGCCCUCGUUGGUCCUGCCGGUGUGGGUAAGACGGCCAUUAUGGAAGGUCUUGCGUCUCGUAUCGUUCGAGGAGAGGUGCCGGAGUCAAUGAAGGACAAACGAGUAAUUGUGCUUGAUUUAGGCUCUCUCAUUUCAGGUGCCAAGUUUCGUGGUGACUUCGAGGAGCGAUUGAAGGGUGUCUUGAGCGAUCUGGAAGCUGCUGAAGGAAAGGUUAUUCUGUUUGUCGAUGAAAUGCAUUUGCUGCUGGGCUUCGGUAAGGCAGAGGGAUCUAUUGAUGCGUCGAACCUCUUAAAACCAGCACUCGCGCGCGGAACAUUACAAUGUUGUGAUGCUGCUCUUGCACGUCGUUUCCAAGCAGUACUCGUUUCAGAACCUACAGUUGCUGAUACGAUUUCUAUUCUCCGCGGACUGAAGGAGCGUUACGAAGUGCAUCAUGGUGUUCGUAUUACGGACGAUGCCAUCGUAACGGCCGCUACCUAUAGUUCACGCUACAUCACAGAUCGUUACUUGCCCGAUAAGGCCAUUGACUUGAUUGAUGAGGCGUGCUCUUCGCUGCGUCUGCAGCAAGAGUCGAAGCCAGAUGCGUUGCGUCGGCUCGACCGCCAAAUUAUGACUAUUCAUAUUGAACUCGAGUCUCUCCGAAAGGAGACCGAUACGACUUCUGUGGAGCGUCGUGAAAAGCUUGAACAAAAGUUGCAACAGCUGCAGUCGGAGGCCGCAGAAUUGACAACCGUGUGGGAAGAAGAGCGUAAAAAGCUUGAACAAAUUAAGGCUGCUAAAAGCGAGUUGGAACAGGCUCGCAUUGAACUGGAACGUGUACAACGCGAAGGAAACUAUGCACGUGCUUCCGAGCUUCAGUAUGCCGUUAUUCCAGAGCUUGAACACAAGCUUCCCAAAGAGCAGGAAGCACUUGAAUCAGAAAAGCCUUCGUUAGUGCAUGAUGCUGUUACCAGUGAUGAUAUUGCCGUGGUUGUUUCACGUGCUACUGGCAUUCCGACAACGAAUCUGAUGCGUGGUGAGCGUGAUCGUUUGGUGAAUAUGGAGGCCACCAUUGGUAAGAAAAUUAUUGGUCAAGACGAAGCACUCAAGGCCAUCGCAGAUGCCGUCCGUCUCUCCCGUGCUGGUUUACAGAACAGCAACCGUCCUUUAGCUUCGUUUCUAUUCCUUGGUCCCACUGGUGUUGGUAAAACUGCACUCACAAAGGCCCUCGCAGAAUUCCUUUUCGAUACUGAGAAGGCUAUGAUUCGUUUUGACAUGUCAGAGUUCCAAGAAAAGCACACAAUCUCUCGUCUCAUCGGAAGUCCCCCGGGUUACGUGGGUUACGAGGAGUCUGGCGAGCUGACUGAAGCUGUUCGCCGUAAGCCUUAUGCCGUCCUGUUGUUCGAUGAGUUUGAAAAGGCCCAUCAUGAUAUUGCAAACUUGCUGCUCCAAGUAUUGGACGAAGGUUUCUUGACUGAUGCUCAAGGCCGCAAGGUGGAUUUCCGUUCUACGCUCAUUGUUAUGACAUCCAACUUGGGUAGUGAAGUCUUGGUUGCUGAUCCCAGCACCACUGUUACACCGAGCUCUCGCGCAGCUGUUAUGGAAAUUGUGCAACAGAGUUACCCACCCGAAUUCCUCAACCGUAUCGAUGACUUGAUUAUUUUCAACAAGUUAUCAAAGAAAAAUCUUCGUGAUAUUGUUGAUGUGCGCUUGCAAGAAGUUCAGCAGCGUUUGGAUGACCGCAAAAUUACUCUCCACGUUACUGAGGCUGCUAAGGAAUGGCUUGCCGACAACGGUUACUCUCCUGCAUAUGGCGCACGUCCUCUGAAUCGUCUUGUCCAGAAACGUAUUUUGAACGACCUUGCAAUGAAGUUAAUUCAAGGCCAGGUUCGUUCUGGUGAAACGGUAGACAUCGACAAGGAAAACGAUGAUCUUGUUGUAAGGGAGAAUCACACUGCUAAUAAACCGAAGCAGUAG